AACAGUAAAGGACUUGCUCAGUCUUCUGGCAAACCUAUACUUAUAUCAUGAUCACACCGCUGAACCCAGCAAACAGUCGUCUAAUGAACCUAAGUAUGGAGACAUUUUUUCAAGUGUGCUAUUUUCUAAUACUAGCGAAUGUAUUCAAGCAAACACUUCCUUGUGAAUAUGGAAAUAUGAACACCGGCGAAGUAUUAUCUCAAAACGAAGGCAGUUUUUUAAAUAUUAGUUAUCUUCUAAAUAUUAGUGAAAACUCAGUAUCUACAGACACAACACGUCUCUAUGUUGAAGUGUGCCAAAAUAACAACAGAUCACUUCUGUGCGUGUUUAUAAGGCCAAAGCAGUCUCAGGACUUCACUGUGAAAUAUAAUAAUGUCAGAGAUGACACAGUGUGUGUAGCAGAGCGUCGCUACAUCACCAGCUCCAUGAGGACCUGGGAGAUAAAGAUUUCACAGCUACUCACUCGGUCCAUCACUGCUAUAUAUCUCGACAUUCAGGAUAAAAGACUACAGAGACAGACAGUGCUGCAGAUACCCAUUGAUGUGACAUACCCACCCAUAGUCACUAGUCUGACUGUAGAUGGACAAGAAGUAAACAACAAAUAUCUCAUAAAUGAGGGUCAGAAGGUCAUGGUCUCCUGCUCGUUUGAGAGAGGAAAUCCUCCUGUUGCCUUUGGACUUUUUGACAAAAAUAUGAAGAAGCUCGCUACAGAUGUAGACAAAAUUGGAGCAGGAAUAGUCAGGGGUAAAGGUCAUCUAAACAUCUCGUUUUCAGUCAUCUGUGAAGAUGUCUGGCCGACAUAUCAUUGUGAAGGAAGAGAGUCGGAGCAAAAUAAAUCCGUGUCCUUUCUUGUCAGAUGUGCUCCUCAGUUUGUUGAUAGUCCUGUCACACUGGUCACAUCAGAAGUCGAGAAAACAAAAUUUUAUGUCAAAGCCUACACAGCAGCAUUCAAUGAAUGUCGUCUGUCAUUACCCCUGUUAGGGGCUACACUAAUAGUGAAACUGAGAUGUAGUCUUACUGGUGACCCUCCUGAUCUGAUCUUAAGACUUCACCUUCAUGGAAACCUUUCACAAGGAAGCUGGGAAAUAAUUCUUGGCAAUGAAAAAGGCUCUGCAAACACAACAGUCAGAAUUAUUGAAGAAUCUAGUAAGUAUAUUAAAUCAUGUUUAUUAUAUAAUGACUACACUGGAAUUUCAGUUAUGCUUAUCCUUUACACAGAAUAAACUACAAGCUGUUUUUGCUGUUAAAGUUAAAGAGAUGAUAGUGCAGGAAAUUGAAUAAUAAUUAGCCUGUUGUGUGGUUUUUUGUUGCUAUCCUCAUCUUUGCUGCUAUUUAAGAGAAAAUAAAGACUAAGAACGGUAAGUUUAUGUAAUAAAAUAAUGUAGUCUUAUAUUUAUAAUUUAUUAGAUGUUGGUUUCGAAAUAUUGCUCUGCUUUCUCUUAGAAUGAAGUUCUCUUACAUUUUUUCUUGUUUCUGACACGUGUCUUCCAAAGAGGUUACAGCGUCCUCGUGAAGAAAUACUUUCCCCUUGGUUUGCUUUAUUGUUUAUGGAAGUAACCUUUGGAAAUCAGUCUGAGUAGGACACGUUGAGUGUGACUAGUAAAUAUUGCAAAGAAAACCAGUAAGACCGAACCAGGUUAUCUGAAUUUUAUUUUAGAUCGUUUCUUUUAACUGAUUCUUUAAGAUGCUAACGUGUUCAAACAUCACAACGACAGUUAAUUAUUCCAACAUCCAAAUACUGAAUAAGUUGUAUGGUGCCUACCCUACUGUAUAUGCGUUGCCAUGGCAAUUAAAUUGCAACAUAACAAGAGUAAUAUGCUUUAAUCGCUUUUAACAUUUCUUUGGUUUGUUGUAAUGUUUGUCUUUGUUUUUAUGUUUUGGCAUACACUUGUUAUCACAGUUUCUCUGCUAUCAAUUCAAUUAACUUCAAAAGGCCUUCAUUGGUCAUAUUAUUUUUUCUCCAGCCUUUAAGCUUGAAGUUUUAGUUUUUGUGGCUUUAUAUGCCUAAUUUUUUUCAGAGUUAUUUUGUAUUUUCACUCGAAAUAAACCGACGGGAAGUAAUAGUUUCUAUGUUUGAGAAAGUUGAUGAUGAUGUUUUUGAGUAAACAUAUUGGUAUCAGUUCAUGAAGUUUAAAAGGUUAUCAAGGGUAUCCCGGAAGUGACGCGCGUUUUUAUCAACGACUUAAUUUAUUCAUCGCGCGGCGCCAAUUAACACCUGACCUCACCUGGUAACCGUAGGUUUUCUCGGCGCUAAUGAUUUGGACUUGCAGCCUACAAGGAGGAACUCUACACCUACUUCGUUGGCGUAAGGUUUUGUGUGUCAUACAAAGCAUACUUAGUUGCCUCUUUUUGUCUGUUUUUCUGGCUGUGUGUGUCUAUAUGUAUUAGAAUAUUAUAGCUACAUAAAUCAUGCAAUGCAUUUGUCAAAGUCCAAAGUUCGCAAGGAAUGAAAAUGUGCGAGAUAAGUUUAAAGCAAACAAGAAUGGACUUCAUGAUGUUUUGAACCUCACUACUCAGGGCAAAGUUGAUAGCUACUAUAACAGACUAUAAUAUCAGUGAACUUAAGUAAAGGGAAAAUUAGGAAACAUUGAAAAAAACGAUGAAAAGAGAUAAUGAAGUAGAAGCAUAUAAAGGAAUGUAGAAAGAAAAGGACCUAAAAGUAAAAUAUUGUUAAAGCAAAUAAAUUGACUGAAAAGUCUAGACAGACGAACAGGCAAGCAAGCGCGCUGAAAAAAAAGCGGAAAGAUUGAUAUACACAAUUACAGAGAGAGAAAGACUGUUCUUGUAAUCACAUUUAGAGUUCAUCAACAAAUGUUGCCUUGCUCUAACAGAGAAUAGGAAGAGUGUUUCCUGGCGAUAAGACUCACCAACGAGUACUUAGGUCUUAAAGUCGAGAGUGAAGCUGUUUGUAAUAAAAUGACAGAGUUGAGGACAGAAGCUUAUGUUUGUAAUCCCUUGGUUAUUGACUUUGAUGAGUUAGAUGUAUUAGGUUCGUUUCUCCUCCGAUGACAGUAAAGAGACUGUAGAGAUUUAACUGAGUAUUAGGAAAUGAGGAGACUGUUGCGGUCAACGAAAUGCAUGAAAAUUUUAAAUUAACAGAGCAAUCACAUAGAAAUUCUGAAGUACAAUUAUUUCCAAAUUAUGAACCUCCCCGACUCGUGGGAGAAAAUUAACUAGAAGAUCGAGGUACAGAUAUUUAACGCCGAGCCAGCAACUGCCUCUGUAUGACCGUUGAGCAGCCCACCAUAGAAAUGGUCCGACACUUUGACCAGAAACGGCCAAUAACAAAAAAACAUGAACAAUAUCUUUGUAUAAAUAUAAAUACAUCGCUCGAAAACUAAACUUUCCAAAAAAAACUUUUUAAAUUGAAUUACACAUUUUAAGAUAUUAUAGAUUUAAACAUAUUUUUUGUGAACAAAUGAAGCUUAAGUAGAAGUAACGAAAAACACCCGGCAUUUGUCUGACGAAUGGCGGGAGAAUGAGAGAGGAGACUGUAAAGUUUAAUGGGGGAAGGGAGACUCUACUAAAUAUGAUAAUAGAAGUUUUCUCUUUUCAGUACUCAGCAGGUGAAAAACAUAAGAACUGUUUAGUGACACUCACUCAUUAGGGACUAAUUCUUCUUCAAUUUUUCUGUUUUAAUGUCAUGAAAGAGACUGGAUUUUACGUUGAUGAAUUAUCUGAUUUACUAUUAACUCGGAGACGCCAUCAUGUGGUAGGAAUGCUGACGACUGAUGAACAAGACAAAGUUUUAUACAACCUACAGUUCGUCCACGAUGACCAUCGGCAUCACAAAAGAACACAGCACGCAGACAUCAAAGUCACUACCAUCUUCCACCUCUCCAAGUCUACAAACAGAAGAUAGUAAAAUGUGUAAAGAUCAAGGGAUGGCUGAUGUAAGAAUACUGACAGAAAGAGAAACAAAAGAAGAUACUUUGGUAAUUACUUAUCUAAAGUUAGAAAUCGGAACCGAAUAAAAGUCAUCUCACUGAAUGAGGCACUGUUCUAGCUUUGAUAAACAAGUUUGUAAGUUGUAGUAGGACUUUUUUGUGCACAAUGGCUACUUGUGGAUAAAGAGUGUGGGCUAAAGCUCUUGAGGUUUCCAUUUACUCUGCACUGGUCAUGAUCAUCAACAGAUUCGUGACAUAUCGUGUAGUCAACCCAAGUCAUAGACAAUAUUGCAGUGGAUUCCUGCAUCAGUUUUCUGUUUUAUCUGCGCUAAAAAAUAUCAUCAAUUAAGCCUUUGGUCUCUAUAUCUGUAUAUAUUACAAUUUUAGACUACCCUUGUCUUUACUUAUAUAACCGCACAUAUUUAAUAACAAAAAUCUUUUACCUUUUUCACUUGUACAAAUUUAAUUCGUUGUUCGACAGCAUUCCACAGUUGUCAUAAAACGUUUAUAAAUAAGUCUCAUGAAGUGAUUAGUGAUUGUUUUUCUGGUUUGUUAAAUGAGUUAUCCAUGUGUAGCUGAGAAACAAAUGCUCCACACACUUCACUACAACCAUUUGCUUUCGUGAAAUGACUUAGACAUUUGUAUUAAAUAUACCUUCUUUUUGUUUUGAUAGUUUUGUGAUUUAAUUCCUUUCAGCAACCAUCAGACACAUUUCUUGACGGAGCUUAGUAUAUCUGUAUAGUCUGUAACUCAACAGUUGUGUAUACCAUAUCUCCAUGUUGAGGCUGACAGAUGUCUACAUAGUUUUCUUGACACAUAUUUAAUGAAGAAUGGCUAAAUAUCCUGCAUUGAGAUCUCUUAUAGGAAAUGUUGGAGUAUCUUUGGAUGUGGCUGCAGUCUACAGGGUUGAUUACCUAGAGCUAGAGUUGCUUCUUUUUCUUUUAUUGUAAUCUACUAAUUAGUCAAUAAAAUGUUUCACUCGUGUGACAAAAAAAAGUAUUUAAUAUUUCUGUGAGCACUGGUCUGAUUUUCUCACCGUUUCCUCCAGCCUUUACCAGGGAAGGAAAGCUUUAUUAUUAUUACUGUUGUUGUUAGCUUUAUUGAAAUUGACGUGCAAGAAGAACGGAAUGAAAUAUGUGGCUUUUACAGGAACAUAUAUUAUUUCCGCGUUGUAACCUUCCAAGUGAAGAAAGAUGUUUGACUACAGCCUCUGGUUCACACUUGCCACUGCGAUGUUUUAUUGCUAUCUUAUACAAAUUAUGUAGUUUAUAUGACACGUAAGUCAUCAUGGUGUUUUACUUCUCUGAAGGGAUGUUAAAAAUUGUUAAGUAUAAUA